AAGUGCAACAGUUAUAGACGUCUACUUUAUUUUUUAAUGUCACUGUAUAUGACUAGUUCACAGUUACUUUUAAAUAAGUAAAUAGAAUAAGUUUCACAGGAAGAGCUAAAACAACCGAGACGGAGGCUACGCUACGCUAACGAGUCAUGAUCCUGGUGGACCCCGGUCUGUACAUUGGCACCGCGGCCGAUCUCAAUGACAGGCAGACACUGGCUGAUGCUGCUGUCACUCAUGUCCUGUCUGUGGACUCUGUCGACCCCACCCCGCAGCUUCCCGCUGAUGGUGCCUUCCGCUUGAAGUGGGUCAAUGUUUUAGACGAGGUGACCUCUGACCUCCUGAGUCACCUUGACGACUGCUACCUAUUCAUUCAGGAGGCUGUGGUUGGAGGACGGACUGUCAUUGUUCACUGUCAGGCUGGUCGAAGUCGCAGUGCCACCAUUGUGACUGCUUAUCUAAUGAAGAGACACCAGCUGGGCUUCAUAGAGGCUUAUCACAGACUGAAGAGUGUCAAACAGGAUGUACAGGUCAACAGUGGUUUUGAGGAGCAGCUGCAUCUUUAUGAGGCCAUGAAGUGUGAAGUGGACGCCUCUAGUCCUCUGUACAAACAAUACAGACUGAGCAAGAUCACAGAGAAGUUCCCUGAGUUGCAGCAAGUUCCCAGGGAGCUGUUUGCCAUUGACCCUGCCCACUCCAGCUCCUCUGAAGUGUCCUAUCGCUGCAGGAAAUGCAGACGAACUCUGUUCCGUGGCUCCAGUAUUCUCAGUCACCCAGUAGGAGAAGGAGCGACAGCCUUUGCUCACAAGAAGUUCAGUAACCUCACUGGAGACGUCCAGUGUACAUCUUACUUCAUUGAACCAGUGCAGUGGAUGGAACAAGCUUUAAUUGGGGUGAUGGAUGGACAGCUGCUGUGUCCUAAGUGUAGCUCUAAGCUGGGCUCUUUCAACUGGUGUGGAGAUCAGUGUUCGUGUGGCCGCUGGGUCGCCCCCGCCUUCCAGCUGCACCGCAACAGAGUGGACGAGAUCCGACCGCUGACCAUGCAGAUAUAAGAGCAGGUCUUCACCCCUCAAGCAACCUGUGAACGUGUGGAAGUCAUUGAGAAAGGGAUGUUUUGUACAACUAAUUUUCAAGGGCACUUUAGCCUUAAGUUUUCUACUGUCUGGUGUGACAUGUGAAAGUUUUGCUUCACACACAUUUAAAUAAAAACAUCUGUAAAUAUCCAUAAAAUAAUAUCACAAAACUG